AUGGGCAACAAGCAGACAGUCUUCACUCAUGAGCAGCUGGAAGCGUAUCAGGACUGCACCUUCUUCACAAGGAAGGAAAUCAUGAGGCUCUUCUAUCGCUACCAGGACCUGGCGCCCCAGCUUGUCCCUCUUGACUAUACCAGCUGCCCUGACGUGAAGGUGCCCUAUGAGCUCAUCAGCAGUAUGCCUGAGCUGAAGGACAACCCCUUCCGCGAGAGGAUCGCCCAGGUGUUCUCCGAGGACGGGGACGGCCGCAUGACCUUGGACAACUUCCUGGACAUGUUCUCUGUGAUGAGCGAAAUGGCGCCCCGGGACCUCAAAGCCCACUAUGCCUUUAAAAUUUAUGAUUUUAACAACGAUGACUACAUCUGUGCGUGGGACCUGGAACAGACGGUGACCAAGCUGACAAGGGGGGAGCUGAGCGCUGAGGAGGUGAGCCUGGUGUGUGAAAAGGUGCUGGACGAGGCUGAUGGGGACCAUGAUGGGCGACUGUCCCUGGAAGACUUCCAGAACAUGAUCCUGAGGGCACCCGACUUCCUCAGCACCUUCCACAUCCGUGUCUGAGGGCACCGCAGAGGGGCCAGGCCGGAGGAGGGCAGGCGCCCCUCACCCCACCGGGCAGCCUGCCGCCUGGGCUCUGGGAAUAAACACACGUCUG